AUGAAGUACACUCUUGCGACCAUAGUCGCCUUGGCUAGUUUGUUUCAACCCUUUGCGCAGGCCAAGGUGGACGAAGGAAUCUACACAAUCAAGUCACAUUCUGGGGUAGUUUGGGGAAUUGAAUACCUCACCGGUGAACAACGGGUGGUGUUAGUACCACCGGAAGGCAAACUUACCGAGUACUGGCGAAUAUCUCCCACUGGCAAAGAUUCCAAAGAUUACUUUAUACAAAACGUCGGCACCCAGGGUAUGGUUGCAUGCUGGAGUAAAAAUCAACAUAAAUGUGAAGCGAAGGGAAAUGACGCACAGCCUUUCACAGUGCGCAUACUCUAUCGGCCAGAUGCUUUUGGUACUGUCGAACAAUUCAAUUCUAUGGUUUUCCACCCCUCAGACAGUGCAAUCCGGGCGGUGCGAUCUAAGAGUGGUCGUGAUUUGGGAGCCUAUGCUGGGCAGCCAGAUGAGAAGACGUAUUUCUUUCUCACGAAGGUCCAGAACGAGGGUGCCGGCUGGUCUCAACUUCUAGCUCCGAUUGGUCAUGCUUCGUCUGCUCUGGGAGAUAAGGAUUGA